AUGUCCACUCUUCCUUCUGGACCCUAUCCGGGCGACGGAAUCAUACCUGAUGCUGUUAUGGUCUAUGAUCAGACGAAACUCGUCAAUGCUGCACCGGCGGAUGUUUGGCCCUGGGUGUUGCAAGUUGGCAAGGGCCGAGCAGGGUGGUACACCCCGCAGAGCUGGGAGAGAUAUCUGCCCAGAAGGUUCCAUGCCAGUCGAUCUAUCAACCCCGAGUGGCAGCAGUUGAAACCCGGCGACCAAGUAGACGAUUACGGGUUCAGCGUUGACGACUAUUUCAUCGUCUCCGAAGUCCAGCCUGGCCGGGCGCUUGUGUACAAAAGCGAUCGAUAUGGUGCGAGCUUCUCAUGGAGUUUGGUUCUGCACGAUGCGUCCGAGGGCAGUACACCUGCUACCCUGCUUCAUCUACGGUUCAGAGGCAAGAUUGCGGCUACUGGGGUUAAACGGCGAGUGAUAGUCUGGGGUGGCGGUGUGCUUGAUCGUUUCACUACGGCGCCGAUGCUGGCGGGACUAGCUGAGCGGGCGGAAAAAUCAAGAUGA